GCGGGCGCGCGGCGGGGCCCGGCGGAGGCGGGGGGAGCGGAGCAUGAAUGGCGCAAGAUGGCGGACCAUGUGCAGAGCCUAGCCCAGCUAGAGAACCUGUGCAAGCAGCUGUAUGAGACCACAGACACUGCGACACGGCUCCAGGCAGAGAAAGCCUUGGUUGAGUUCACCAACAGCCCAGACUGCCUGAGCAAGUGCCAGCUUCUUCUAGAGAGAGGGAGUUCGUCCUACUCCCAGCUAUUGGCAGCUACAUGCCUUACGAAGCUCGUGUCACGCACAAACAACCCUUUACCAUUGGAACAGCGAAUAGAUAUUCGGAACUAUGUGCUCAACUACCUUGCCACUAGGCCAAAGCUGGCAACAUUUGUCACGCAGGCACUAAUCCAGUUGUAUGCCAGGAUCACAAAGUUGGGCUGGUUUGACUGUCAGAAGGAUGAAUAUGUCUUCAGGAACGUGAUUACAGAUGUCACAAGGUUUUUACAGGAUAGUGUAGAGCACUGCAUCAUAGGAGUGACAAUCCUGUCCCAACUAACUAAUGAAAUUAAUCAAGUAAGUGCUACAGCCUUCCUCAGUGAAGCUGACACUACUCAUCCACUGACCAAGCACAGGAAAAUAGCCUCUUCCUUCCGAGAUUCGUCUUUAUUUGAUAUUUUCACACUGUCAUGCAAUUUACUGAAACAGGCUUCUGGGAAGAACCUGAACCUCAAUGAUGAAAGCCAGCACGGCCUGCUUAUGCAGCUUCUAAAGCUCACGCAUAAUUGCCUGAACUUUGAUUUCAUUGGCACGUCAACAGAUGAGUCCUCAGAUGAUCUUUGCACGGUGCAGAUCCCAACCAGUUGGAGAUCAGCGUUCUUGGAUUCUUCGACCCUUCAGUUGUUUUUUGAUCUCUAUCAUUCCAUCCCUCCUUCGUUUUCUCCUCUGGUUUUAUCCUGCUUAGUGCAGAUAGCCUCUGUACGCAGAUCCCUCUUUAACAAUGCAGAAAGAGCAAAGUUUCUAUCUCAUCUUGUUGAUGGAGUUAAACGAAUACUGGAAAACCCACAGAGUUUGUCAGACCCUAAUAACUACCAUGAGUUCUGCCGAUUGCUGGCACGAUUGAAAAGCAAUUACCAGCUGGGAGAGCUGGUGAAGGUGGAGAACUAUCCCGAGGUCAUCCGGCUCAUUGCCAACUUCACCGUGACCAGCCUACAGCACUGGGAGUUUGCACCGAACAGCGUUCACUAUCUCCUGAGCUUGUGGCAGCGGCUGGCGGCGUCGGUGCCCUAUGUGAAAGCCACAGAGCCUCACAUGCUGGAGACGUACACACCAGAAGUCACAAAAGCAUACAUCACGUCCAGACUGGAAUCUGUACACAUCAUAUUGAGGGAUGGUUUGGAGGAUCCACUGGAUGAUACUGGCCUCGUACAGCAGCAGCUGGACCAGCUCUCCACCAUCGGCCGGUGCGAGUAUGAGAAGACCUGCGCUCUGCUUGUGCAGCUCUUCGACCAGUCAGCCCAGUCCUACCAGGAGCUGCUGCAGAGCGCCACCGCCAGCCCCAUGGACGUUGCUGUACAAGAAGGGCGCCUGACGUGGCUCGUCUAUAUUAUCGGGGCAGUGAUUGGUGGUAGGGUCUCGUUCGCCAGCACGGAUGAGCAGGAUGCGAUGGAUGGCGAGUUGGUUUGUCGGGUGCUGCAGCUGAUGAACCUCACGGACUCACGGCUGGCGCAGGCUGGGAAUGAGAAGCUAGAGCUUGCCAUGCUGAGCUUCUUUGAGCAGUUCCGCAAGAUCUAUAUUGGAGAUCAGGUGCAGAAGUCUUCCAAGCUGUACCGCCGUCUCUCAGAGGUCCUGGGGUUGAAUGAUGAGACCAUGGUCCUGAGCGUCUUCAUAGGGAAAAUCAUCACCAACUUGAAGUACUGGGGUCGGUGCGAGCCUAUCACCUCCAAGACACUGCAGCUGCUCAAUGACCUCUCCAUUGGAUACAGCAGUGUUAGAAAGCUGGUGAAACUGAGCGCCGUACAGUUUAUGCUGAACAAUCACACGAGUGAGCACUUUUCCUUCCUGGGCAUUAACAAUCAGUCUAACCUGACUGACAUGAGAUGUCGGACUACGUUCUACACUGCACUUGGGCGUCUUCUCAUGGUGGAUUUAGGGGAAGAUGAGGAUCAGUAUGAGCAGUUCAUGCUUCCCCUAACAGCUGCCUUUGAGACCGUGGCACAAAUGUUCAGCACAAAUACUUUCAAUGAACAAGAGGCAAAAAGAACUUUGGUUGGUUUGGUGAGAGACCUGAGGGGAAUAGCCUUUGCCUUCAAUGCCAAGACCAGCUUCAUGAUGCUCUUUGAGUGGAUCUACCCAUCCUACAUGCCGAUUCUACAGCGGGCAAUUGAGCUCUGGUACCACGACCCAGCCUGCACGACGCCUGUCCUCAAACUGAUGGCGGAGUUGGUGCAUAACAGGUCCCAACGGCUGCAGUUUGAUGUGUCCUCACCAAACGGCAUCCUGCUCUUCCGAGAAACAAGUAAAAUGAUAACUACUUAUGGAAAUCGUAUCCUAACGCUUGGGGAGGUCCCAAAGGAUCAAGUCUAUGCCUUGAAGCUCAAGGGGAUUUCCAUCUGCUUCUCUAUGCUGAAGGCUGCACUGAGCGGGAGCUACGUCAACUUUGGGGUCUUCCGCCUGUACGGGGAUGAUGCACUGGACAAUGCCUUGCAAACUUUUAUCAAGCUUCUGCUUUCCAUCCCGCACAGCGACCUCCUGGAUUAUCCCAAACUCAGCCAGUCCUACUAUUCCUUGCUGGAAGUUCUUACCCAGGACCACAUGAACUUUAUUGCCAGUCUGGAGCCUCAUGUAAUCAUGUAUAUUCUCUCUUCCAUUUCAGAAGGCCUCACUGCACUAGACACCAUGGUUUGCACAGGCUGCUGCUCCUGUUUGGACCACAUCGUCACCUAUCUCUUCAAGCAGCUGUCCCGCAGCACCAAGAAGAGGACCACACCUCUGACCCAGGAGAGCGACCGGUUCCUGCACAUUAUGCAGCAGCAUCCAGAGAUGAUUCAGCAGAUGCUGUCAACAGUGCUGAAUAUCAUCAUCUUUGAGGACUGCAGGAACCAGUGGUCAAUGUCUCGGCCUCUGCUCGGCUUGAUACUACUCAACGAGAAGUAUUUCUCUGACUUGAGGAACAGCAUAGUGAACAGCCAGCCUCCGGAGAAACAGCAGGCGAUGCACCUCUGCUUCGAGAACCUCAUGGAAGGCAUCGAACGCAACCUCCUAACCAAGAACAGGGACAGGUUUACGCAAAACCUGUCGGCGUUCCGGCGAGAGGUGAACGACUCCAUGAAGAAUUCCACCUACGGAGUCAACAGCAACGACAUGAUGAGCUGACGUCUCCCAGCUCCACCUGUACAGAGCAGCAUCUCUUUGGCCUGGCCCAGAGGGGUUACCGUUUCCGAUGGGAAAGAAAAGGAGGGCGUUUCUAAUCCCUGCUCUUCCCCAGGGCUGGACUGCGGCGCUCGCUUUGGCCGUACUCCACGUCCCGAGGGAGGAGGGAACAGGAGGGGUGGUUGAGCUCACCGGGGCAGGGUGCUUCUGUUUCCGUGGGAGGGGGUGGAAGGGCAAAAGCCAGGUGCAAGAAUCCAGCGUCUCCCUACCCGAACGUCUGCGUGGAACGCCAGCGCUCUGCUGCAGCCUGCCUUGUAUAAACAUGUACAUUUUUUCAUAACAUUUUGAACAAGGUUUAUAUUGACUCAGUUUAAAAAAAAAAAAAAAAAAAAAAGUGUGAUUGAAAUUUUUACAGAGUCCUGGUGCACCGGUGCUGGCGUGAGGGUUGUGUAUGCAAGUGAGGAAAGCGUGUCCUGCAGGCCUGAAGCUUUACUGGGCGAGGGGUGGGUGUGUGGAAAGUGCAGAGAGAUAUAUUUAGUGACAAGCGUAGAGAGAAGCAAAAAAAAAAUAAAUAAAAAAACCAACAAAAAAAAAAAAGAAGAACAGAAAAGCAUUGUAAAAAUUCCAAAUGUAUAUUUUUUCUUAUUAAGCCCCUCGAAAUCACGACUUCCUGUUACCGUCUUGCCCUUGUUAUUAGGAACUCUAAGCCAUGCCGCGUGAUCUUCUUCAUUCGUGCUUGCUCGUGGGUUGUCUCUCCCGUCCCCCCGGUGUAGCAGUACCCGCUGUCCCUCGUCCCCCCCCCGCUGCCACCCGGGUCCUCGCCUCCCCUCCGGGCGAGCCCCGGGGCUGGCACCGCGCUGGGCGCCCGCUCCCCGGCCUCUGCUCCUUUUUUUUUCUUUCCCCCAUCUCAGUCAAGCAGGAGGCACAGGAGGAAUUGCCGGGCUGAGGGCGAGCUUCGUCGUGCUCCCCGGCCACCGAGCAGCGAGCGUGAGCAGCGCGUGGGUGCUCGGCCGGGGCACGGGGCUGCUGCCCGGGGUUCUUAAUAACAAGGUUUGCCUAGCAUGAAGUAUUUAACACCCCCCCCUCCCCUUUAAAAUGAUUCCAUUUUUUUCUAAGUCACCAUAAUAAAUGUUUUGGAUAUAAAAUUUACUUACAGAGGAAAGCUGAUGGGGGAGGGAACCUGUUUGCCUUGUACUUUUUCCACUAUUGUUGCUGCUAGUCGUGUGCAUUCUCUUGCUCAGCUCUACCCACAGACGCUCAGUCCUUAGGGUUUCAGUUUCUCUUCCCAGACACCACCUAACUCUUAAUUUCCCUUUCCCCCCCCCCUUUUUUUUUUUUUGUUCUUUCCUCUGGCGAUUGUGUGUUGGGUCCUUUUUUCGCGUGAGCAGAUUGCUGGUUGACUUGUAAGGGUGUUUGCUGCAUACAGUGUAAGCAUUGUGACUGCAAAUAAACUUCAAUGGUUUUCUACU